GACUGACGAGGAGCCCACACGGAUCAAACAAAAGUCAGCAACCGGUAGUCAACGCCUCGACCGCGAACAUUGCGGCCCGCCUCGAACUUGACGACGAAUUAUUUUGUGAUGGUAACUCCCACUAUCUUGGCACCGGCGAAGCGCGGGAUGACGCACGCGCAGGUUUCUCGUGCAAUCCCGUCUUGCCACUAUACCACGAUGCGGGGGCCUUUUAGUGGAGAUCCUAAUGUGUCAAACUAAUAGUGGAAGGAUCGCCCGUGUUAUGUCUCGGCUAAGACAGCUGGUCAACUGCUCUUGGGUUCUAAAGCUCUCAACGCCCAACCGAGAUCCGAACAGCGGACAUGCUACCUUAAGCUUGCUCGUAUAUGAGUUUCUAUGCGGGAGCCAUUCUACACACUCCGAUGCACUCGUCCAGCGUAUCUCAGCCGUCCAUAUAUGCAUUGAGUUGGGUGCGAUUUCUCCAACGGAUGGGAUUAAUACAAAGCACGACAGGGACGGCAGAUAUGGGAUCGCAUAGGAAGAAUAUGCGGACAUAGUCGGGUAACACAAUGAGAUCUUUUAAAACGGUAUGUCUUUUGCGGCUCUUGUUUCCUCCGUUGCCGCCGCGAUCGGUUCCUCUUUUUGUUCUCCGCCCUUCUUCCCUGAGCUCAGGUGUUGAGAUCCUCAAAACGCGAAGGUCCAUUAGCGCCAGUUUUCCCCUCCCAUGGCUUCCCUUCUCCGUUCUUCCCUCAGCUUCGCCGCCUUUGACGCUUCCUCUGCGGAGGCUUCCUCCCAGUUCUUCUGGAAGCCUUUGGAACCACCAAAGAUUGGCAAUUUGCCUCUGAAUUUGGUUCGAACGAGCAAUGCGCGCCUGAGAAUUCGGGGAUCCGUUGAGGAAAAACAUACUCCAGCAAGAAAAGCUUCAAAAGAGCCUUUCAGAUUGACUAGAGAAGAAGAGGGUCAAGUUUUAGAUCCAUUUCAAGAGUUGGAAUAUAGAUUCAAGAGAUUCAAAAGGAAAAAUUAUGUGGAGAACUUGGUUGAUUAUCAAAAUCUUGCCGAGCGGCAGUCACCCAAGUUCAUGGUAAUUGCAUGUGCGGACUCAAGGGUCUGCCCUUCAAACAUCUUGGGAUUUCAACCUGGGGAAUCAUUUACGGUGAGGAAUGUGGCAAAUCUAGUUCCACCUUUUCAGCAUGGGGCUUCAGAAACUAGUGCAGCACUUGAGUUUGCCGUAAACUCUCUUGAGGUUGAAAACAUCUUAAUUGUUGGCCAUAGUCGUUGUGGAGGCAUUCAGGCCCUAAUGAGUAUGAAAGACACUGCUGAUUCAAGAAGCUUUAUCAAAGAUUGGGUUUCUAUUGGAAAGAGUGCAAGAUUAAGCACAAAAGCUGCUGCUGGAAAUUUGAGCUUCGAAAUGCAAUGUAGACAUUGUGAAAAGGAAUCGAUUAACGGCUCGCUGCUGAACUUGCUAACAUACCCAUGGAUCGAGAAAAGAGUGAGUGAAGGGACACUCUCUCUUCACGGAGGCUACUAUGACUUCAUCGAUUGCACCUUCGAGAAAUGGACUCUUGUGUAUCGAGAAGGAUUAGAGGGUGGCAGUAAGUAUGCAAUCAAAAACCGUGCCUUGUGGUCCUAAAAAUCUUUUACUGGUCAUCAGGAUCGAGCUUACGAGUAUGCUGCUAUGUCCUCCUCUUUGUUGUACCUCGAGGUAAUUAUCUCUCUCUCUCUCUCUCUCUCUCUCUCCAGCUGCUGUGUUUUUAGCUCAUUUCAACUAUAUGACAUUUACGUUGGGUGAUUCAUCUAUAUAUCUACUGUUUGAGAUGAUUCAUGUGUUUGA